AUGUUAACAGAAAACAGGAAACGAGCUCGGAGUGGAGUAGAUGUGGAGAAUGGGGAUCUUUUACCCCAAGCCAAACGCCAGAGCAUGGGUCACCCUGUCUCUCCAGAGCCGGGCCGAGAUGCCUGUGACAUAGAGUCUUCCAGCAGUGAGGCCAAUAUCAGCAGUCCAGAGCACUUGGUGGCUGGCUCUUCCAGUCAGUGCGCUGACAUUAACCGCAUCCUUAAAGAAGCGCACUUCCAGAGCUUGCACUGUAGGGCUAUGCAACGAGACACACACCAGCUGUGUCUGCCAAAUCAAUGA